AUGAAAACGCACCUUUGGGGUAAUUAUUAUCGGUACCUUAUAUUGAUUGUCGGGUUUUUAUGUCUUGCAUCAGUAUGCUCCAACUAUAUUAUUAUAAAUUUUACAUUUAUUUGCAUGAAAGAAGAUAAUUCGGAAAUGCAUUUGGUUAAUGGGACAAUGAGAAGCAUUUAUGACUAUACGAGCGAUGAAAAAAAGUACAUAAUGUGGGCUGUUGGUGCUGGUACAAUAUUUGGAACCAUUCCAACUAAUUGGGUUGUGGUGAAAUAUGGAGCAAAAUGGCCAUUCUUGGUAGCUGGAUUGGUUUCACUUUUCUCCACAGCCUUGAUUCCUAUUGCUGCAAAAACAAGUCUUACUCUAUUUCUGUUUCUAAGAGUUUUGCAGGGACUAGCUUAUUCUACUGAUUUUGCUGCAAUUGGGAUAAUGACAGUGAGAUGGGCUCCAUUGAAAGAAACUGCAUUUUUCAUUGCUCUUCUUACAUGCUUCACUGGUGUAGCUUCAAUGAUCACUAAUUCAGCAACUGGACUCAUUUGUGAAAGCUCAUUUGGUUGGCAAUAUUCCUAUUAUUUUCAUGCCUUUGCAGGACUUUUGCUUUUUGCACUUUGGGCAUGGAUAUAUAUUGACGAUCCGCAAGAUUCAAAACGAAUAUCUGGAAAAGAGCUGGGAAGAAUUCAUAAGAAUAAAUCUGCAGCUCAUUUAGACAAGAAUGGAGAUAUUCCUUAUUGGAAAAUUAUCAAAAGUCCUGUGAUACUUAUUGUGUGGCUGAAUGCUUUUUUUGAAAUGACUGCCGUUAUAUUUUUUGCCACUUACAUGCCGAUAUAUCUCCAUCAAGUUCUUAAAUACUCGGUACAAGAAACCGGUUUUUACGUAGCUGUUAUUUUAGGUUUCAAUAUUCCACUAAGACUGGUAUCGGCCGCAUUCAGCGACAGAAUUACGUUUGUCUCUGAAAAAUGGAAAAUUAUAAUUUUUAACACUAUUUCCGUCGGAGUAUCUGGUCUUACACUUGCACUAGUUGGAUUUAUUCCAUCAGAAGAAAAUUGGAAAAGUUUUAUUUGCAUUGUGAUGGUUAUGAUGUUUGUUGCUGUUAAUGUUGGAGGAUUUUAUAAAUGUGCAGCUCUUCACGCGAGACAGCAUGCUCAUGUUGUAAUUGCUGCAAUUCAAUUCACUAAAUGCCUUGCACUGUUCUCAGCUCCUGCUGUGGUUGCAUUCUUUGUAGAAACAGAAUCGAAUAGAGAGGAAUGGAUUCCAGUUUUUGUUAGUUUGGGAGUUUCUAUGUUUAUUGCAAACGCAAUAUCAGUUUUUAUAUUCACGGACCAGCCAGCAUCUUGGACAGAACCAGAAAAAGCCACAUAUACUGAGGUUCCAGUUGAAGACCUGAAAUGUUGACGAAGCAUGUAUGUACGUUCCUGUAUGAGAAACACAUAUACUUUAUAAAGACCUCACUGUGUGAAUUUUCAAAUGUACUGUCCCUGUUCAUUUUAUAAAUACGAAACAAAAAAAAAGAAUAAUUAUCAAAC